AGAAAUUUGAUUAUGUUAUCUCUGGUAAGAGGAUAUUACGUAUUUUGUGAAUGCCAAAACUUUUUGAGGUAUCUGUAUCAUAUACAGAAGCUAAUAAUAUAAUAUGCACGCUCUUAAUCUAUUUCUAUUUAUAUGCAUUCUAAAAAGUGUUAUUUUGACCGCGAAAGGAGGGUAUAUUCAAAUUUCUAUUAGAGAAGGAUCUAUCAUAGGAAAAACAGGUAUCACUCAUAAUUUGAAUAAAAAAUAUUACGCAUUUCAAGGAAUACCUUAUGCAGAACCACCUGAAAGAUUUGAAGUGGCAGUUCCUAAGAAACCAUGGAAAGAUGUCUUGAAUUGUACAUACGAUAAAUCAGAAUGUGUACAAGGCGUAGAAGAAAUAACCGGCUCGGAAGAUUGUUUAUUUUUGAGUGUUUAUACAACAAAUCUGACUAGUACAUCAGCAGUAAUCAUUUGGAUACAUGGUGGUAGAUUUUUCAGUGGAAACGCUUCUUAUGAAUACGCCAAUCCCGAAAACUUCUUAGAUGAAGAUUUGGUGGUGGUUUCAAUUCAAUAUAGACUAGGUGUUUUCGGAUUUCUGAGUACUGAAGAUCUCAACUGUCCUGGUAAUUUUGGACUCAAGGAUCAAGUAUUGGCACUUGAAUGGGUGCAGAAAAACAUUCGACAUUUUGGUGGAGAUAAGAAAAAUGUUACCAUUUUUGGUCAAAGUGCAGGUGCUAUAUCAGUUGCUCUUCAUUCAACUUCCGAGAAAUCAAAAGGGUUAUUCAAAGGAGCAAUCAUGAAUAGCGGAGUAUCCAUAUCUUCAUUAGCACUCACAAGAAACGCGCUUAAAACUGCGUAUACUAUUGGUAGCUCACCAACCUCGACGAAGUUAUUGGUACAACGAUUGAAAACGAUGGAUUAUAGAAGUUUACAACUGGAAUCAAAUUCUGUUGUGAUGUCAAAUCCAGGUUUGUUCGAGCUACCUUUUGGACCUGUAAUAGAACCUCCUCACCCAACUGCUUUUUUGACCAAAAGAAGUGAUGAAUUAUUGGUAAUCGGUAAUUUUAGCAAAGUUCCAAUGCUGUUGGGAUUCACUUCCAACGAAAUGAUGAUAUGGCAAAGUGUUAAAAUUCCAAUAACAAAAGACGGAAUUGAAGAACAGAUACCUUUACUUUCAUAUCUGCAUAGUCAAACUGGACCAAUUUAUGAUUCGAAUCUUAGUUUACUGGUACCCACUGGUAUUCACUCCAAUAGAAACCUAACAGAAGCAGGUUUUAAAAUAAAAUCCAAAUUUUGGGUGAAUAAAUCGAUCAGUUCGUCAGUAGAGGAUUUGAUACAGUUUAGAAAUGUAGAUCAGUAUGUGAGACCUAUCAACAGAUUCGUGAAAAAUGUGUGCAAAUAUGAUCCACAGAUCUAUUACUAUAUUUUCAGCUACCAAGGAAAACUUCCAGGAGUAAGUUCAGAAGGUGUAGCACAUUGCGACGAUAUUCUCUAUUUUUUCAAUUCGGACACAAACCACUCCAAAGAAGAUGAUGAAAUGAUAAAAAAAGUAGUCAAGAUGUGGGCAAACUUUUGCAAAUUUGGGAAACCAAUUCCUUACCGUGAUCUGUUUCUCGAAAAUGCCAACUGGGAAUCUGCUUGUAGUACACAAGUUCCAUAUUUAUUCAAUAUCAACUCUACAAUGUCAAAAAUCGACAAUCCAUAUCAAGAACUACUGGAUUUUUAUGAAAAUGAAAUAUUUGAUGUAUAUGGGCAAGGUGUAUAUGAUACUUAUUGAAAUUAAAAAACAAAAACAUUACAAAU